CGGGGGAGCCAAUCAAAUCUACCACAAGCCACAGGAAAAACAUACCCUUCACUGGAAAAGAAGUUUUGGACUAGUAUAAGUGUAUCUCUCGACAACUUUCUGCAGCAAGACAGGGAUCUGGAUUUUCAUUUCUCCUUGAUAUUCUGCAGAAAAUACUUGACUGAAUAGAAAUGGACUAUAAUAGCUGUAUUUCCGUGGGCUUAGUGCUCAUCCUGACUCUUCUAUUCAUUAUGAAAAUAGGAGGUUUCUGGAAUGGUUACCCAAGGAAGAAUUUCCCCCCAGGACCAAGAGCAUUACCUGUCAUUGGAAAUCUUCAUCUGUUUGAUUUGAAGAGACCCUACAGGACUUACUUGCAGCUGUCCAAAGCAUAUGGUCCAGUCUUCAGUGUGCAGAUGGGGCAAAGGAAAAUAGUAGUUAUCUCUGGGUAUGAGACAGUGAAGGAGGCUCUUGUAAACCAGGCAGAUGCAUUUUCAGAGAGACCUAAAAUCCCAAUCUUUGAAGAUCUGACCAGAGGAAAUGGGGUUGUAUUUGCUCAUGGUGACAAUUGGAAAGUCAUGAGAAGAUUUACUCUCACAACCUUACGAGACUUUGGAAUGGGAAAGAGGGCCAUAGAGGACCGCAUUGUGGAGGAAUAUGGGUAUCUGGCAGAUAUCAUUGAGUCACAGGAAGGAAAACCCUUUGAUGCUAGUAAAAUGAUUAAUUCUGCAGUUGCUAAUAUAAUUGUGUCAAUAUUACUUGGAAAUCGAUUUGACUACAAAGACUCCAGAUUUCUAAAACUACAAAAUUUGACCAAUGAAAGCGUGAGACUUGCUGGGAACCCUUUUGUUACGAUAUACAACAUCUUUCCAUGCCUCGGAUUCCUCCUAAAGGCUCAGAAGACUCUUCUUCAAAACAGAGAUAAAUUCCAUGCUUAUAUACAAGUGACUUUCGUAGAACAUCUCAAAACUUUAGAUAAAAAUGAUCAGAGAAGUUUUAUUGAUGCUUUCCUGGUUAAACAACAGGAGGAGAAAUCCMCUACCAAUAGGUAUUUCCAUAAUAGCAACUUGCUAAGUUUGGUAAGCAAUUUGUUUACUGCUGGUGUUGAGACUAUUUCUACCACACURAACUGGAGCUUUCUGCUGAUGCUAAAGUAUCCUGAAAUUCAGAGAAAAGUCCAAGAAGAGAUAGAUAGAGUAAUAGGGUCAAACCGCCCAAGAAUUGAGCAUCGAAUUCAAAUGCCAUACACAGAUGCUGUUAUCCAUGAAGUUCAGCGAUUUGCUAAUAUCCUGCCAUUGGACUUGCCUCAUGAGACUACUGCAGAUGUCACUCUCAAAGGCUAUUUCAUUCCCAAGGGAACCUACAUCAUCCCCUUGCUGACCUCUGUCCUGCAAGACAAAUCACAGUGGGAGAAACCAGAGAUGUUCUAUCCUGAACACUUCCUUGAUUCCCAGGGAAAGUUCAUAAGGAAAGAUGCUUUCAUGCCUUUUUCAGCAGGGCGGAGGAUCUGCGCUGGUGAAACUCUGGCCAAAAUGGAGCUCUUCCUCUUCUUCACAAGCCUCCUGCAGCAGUUCACCUUCCAACCACCCCCUGGAGUUUCUUCUUCAGACCUGGACCUCACUCCUGCCGUUGGGUUUAACGUUGUCCCAAAACCCUAUCAAGUCUGUGCUGUAAAGCGUUCUUAGAGUUUUUUUCAAAAAUUUUCAAAUUACAUUUUCAU